UGUCUCGGUCUCGAAUGUGACAUGGCGUCCAUCAAGUUAUAUUGCGGCCUCCUGUAAAUCGACUUUUAUGACAGUGGUGUUUUUUCAUUUUAUCACUGAGGCCGUAAAAAUCGUAUAUUUGCAUUGAUGGUAAUGCAUGCAAGGAAACCUCACCGAAUAAGCGAUGGGUACUUUGAGAAGCACCAGGCCCAUCCAUAUCAGAAAUAUAACUCCAAGAGGGCCAAUGAAUAUGGAUCUACCGACCAUUACACACCACUCAGAUCCCCCAAUGGUAACAUGUCCCAUGGCCAUAAUGCACAUGGGCACACUGGCCAUGCCCAUCAUCACUACCAUAUGGUUGAUGAUAGAGGAUAUGUCACAUCAAGGAAUUCCUAUGUCCCCAAGGGAUCAGAAAAGGAGAGAGAUCGAGACUAUAAAUCCUCUAGGAAUAAGUACACUGAUGUCAGAUCACCAAAGGAAAAACGGAAAGAUAGUGAGCGAGAAAAAAAUAACCAUGAACGUUGUGAAUCUGAGAAAAAAAGUAGGACUAGUGGCAUGAAUAGUGUUAAUUCCAGUAGCAAAUAUUAUAAGAGAGGUGGAUUACCUGCAAAUGCAGGUCCAUCAAGCAGUGAGUGGUCAGAACAUAUUAGUUCAUCAGGAAAGAAAUAUUACUAUAACAGUGAACUUGAAGUAUCACAGUGGGAAAAGCCUAAAGAAUGGGACUCUCGCAAGAAUUCAUCCAAAGAUCAUCAGACAACAUAUACAACUUCUUCAUCUAGAGGUAAUCGUGAAAAGCGAUCACGGUCGCGGCGGCGGGAAAUUGAAAAGACAAGUAAGAGAACAAAUAAUACAUCUGAGAGAUACUGGAGUGCGUCGCGAGAAAGUGUUUCUGAUAGAACAAGGACGAAACAUACACCACACUCUGGACAUGAUACUAAAGAAGGACACCGUUCACUUCAAGAUAUGGAUAUAUCACCAGACAGAAGUACCCCUGUUUCCGAAGGCUCACACGGUGUUCGCAAUGAAUCCACAGCGCCUCCUGUUGUUAUUCUGAACAAUUCUAAUCCAACAAGUGGGUCCUUGCUAGCGGCGGCGUUGCCCAGGAUCGUCGCCCCAGCGCAAGCCUCCACGUCGGGGUUGGGUCCAGGCCCCAGUACAUCUUCGGGGCCUCCGUGUAACAAUGGAGCCUCAGACAGUCGGUCAGAGACCCCACAAAGAGAUGCCGGACCACCGACACCGACACACUCGGAAAAUAUCGACCCCCACGCGCCACCCUUACAUUUGGAAAAUGCAUUACCGAGGAAAAUGGAAUGCCUAGGUAGUUACUCAUCUGUGGUGGGAAGUUUACAACAAGCUGCUCCAAUGCUGACGCCCUCUUUGAUCAAUUAUGUUCGUACUGAGUUAACCGCACAUGUCAUUGGGUGGCCAGCGGAUAUACUUGAAAAACAGGCCAACAAAUACAUGGAAGAGGCACAUCAGCUGGGUUGCCUGCAGUGCACCCGAGUAUCUGCUGAACUAAAAUGUUCUCGCUCCGUGGUGAGGCACACAGAGAUCCAGGCCACACUACAGGAACAAAAAAUAAUGUACCUGCGACAACAAAUCUCUCGGCUGGAGGAGCUCAAGUCGCAAAAUUCGUUUAUGUCAGAAGACUAGGGGUUAAGAUGGGGGGUCCCAGCCAUCCCCCCAACACCCGCCAGCCCUAAUCCCCUUUUGAUGUAAUGGACAUUUAUCUUGUCUUUUUAAGGUACGUGAAAAGUGUCUGGAAUUUAACAGGGAUCGUAAGAACACUAUGUCACAUGUCAUACGGUUUAGUGAUUCUACUUAAUUUUUUCAUUCAACCGUUAUUAUAUUGCAUGUAUUGAAUACUUUUCUUUUAAAUUAAACCUAAAACUAGAAUAUAAACCCUUUUAUGUACUUUUUAAGGUUUGACUUCUCUUUAUUCCAAUCAUAAAUUGUCUACGGGGUUGUAAAAGACCUAUCUUUGAGAAAAAUAAUAAAAUUGUAUAUAAUGAUAAUGUUCGCUAAUUUUAUUGACGUGACAUUCAGUAUUGUAGUAUACUAUAAAGUUUAUUGACGUUAUAGAAAUUGUGUCAAUAUUUCGUGAUCCGAUGCCAGUAAUCGGAUUUUUAUUGGAAAAAUCUGCAUUUUUUUAUAUCUGCAUGUAAUUAAUAGUGCUUGUGGUAUAAAUAAUAGAACAUUUUAUUCGUGAGUGUACAUUUAAGAUAAGUUUUGAUUAGUUUGGUCUUAACAAGUGACAUCAACCUAAAUAUAAAAGAUCACAUACGGACUUAAACAUAGAUAUUUCAUUAAGGUGAACACAAUUAAGUGCAGUCUCCAGAUUUGAACCCUGGACCAGCGUCGAUAUUAAAGUCGUCUACCAGAUACUGUAUUGAAAUUUUCAUUCCGUUUCCCUGGUGUUGUGUCAAUUUUGUAUGUUGAGAUGAGUAGGAGUACGAUCUAUUUUUGGGACAUGUAACAUUGAUAGCGGCGUUGAAAGGGUGCAUUUUUGAUAAAUCACUGUAAUUUUUAAUUCUAUAGAUUUAGUUAUGGACAAGGAAUAACGUAGUGUAAGAAUGUUUAUUUCAGUGAUCAUAAAUGUUGUUGCACAGCCAUUUCUUUUUUUUUUACACCUGAUUGUAGUUAAAAGCGUAAAUAAGUAACUGGUAAUGAUAGGUGUAGAUAUUAAGCCAAAGAAAGUCUUAAAUUAAAGCCUUUUUUAGUUACUGAAUGGAUUCGAAAUGUGUUUGUACCUAUUGAACCUUGGAAAAAAUUUCCUCGUAACUAUAAGGAAUUGUCUACGGUUUGUAUUUGUACAAAGAUUUUUAUUCCUUGUCUUAGCCACUGUAUUUCUCUUGUAAGGGAAAGUAAUGUUUAGAUUUAUAGAGGCCUGAUUUGUCAACUAUCAGUAACCAGUUUCUUGAGUCAUGUAAAAUAAGUAAUGCUAUUUUUCUAUCAAUGCCUCAAUUAAUCAUCCUAAGAUAUUGUGUUUUAUAAUGUGUUUAAUGUAAAGUUUAAAUUAUUAAAUAAAAUAAUAAUUUGAUAGGUUAGCUCUCAUAGCAUGUUGGUCUGUCGCCGUUGUGCGCUCGUUCGCUUAUACUUUGUAGGGUCGUGUUCGUAUACGUACAAUAGCUAUUAGAUUCAUGCUACUAAUAAAAAUUUCCAUAAUUUAAUUCAAUCAAUAUUAUAAUUUAUUAGCCUCUUACAUAAUGUUAUGAAUGGACCCAAAUCGAUGUAUAAAAUUGUAAAAUAGGACGUGUAUUUUGUAUGAGUCGUAGUUUAAUUGUAAGUUGCGGUCAAGCGCCAACGGCGUCUACACUAGAUAGGUCUCCUUUUUUUCUAAUACUAAUGAUAUUUCUACAUCAUAGACGAACUAAUAAAGGGAGCUUCUUAAAUUAGAACCACGCCAUCUAUCGCAAAAAUACAUCUUUAUUAAUUUGUCUAUGAGAUGGUACACCAAUUAAUUGUAAUAUGAAAUUAACAGGCGUUCUGUGAUAUUCAUUCACUUCAAACUCGAGUCCGGGCGAAUCGGCUAUACCAUUCACUCGAGUCGACGUUUGUCAUCUCCGACACGUUUGCCAGUUUUUAUCGUAGUCAUUUUAACUUGAAACUUUGGUGUUCCGUGUUGUCGCUCUAUGUACACUGUAUCUAUGCUGAGUACUAUUAUUAGUAGUUUUCGUAAUGUAAAUUAGGCGAUCCGACCUAAUCAACGAUUCCCCGUUUGCAUUGAUAUAGCCUAAAUUCAUGAUUCAAGAUUAAAAUAGUAAUAAUUCCUAAUCCAAAUGAUUUCUUCAAGAAAGCAAAUAAUAUUUGUAAUAAAACUGUGCGUAUCAAUCCAAUGAUUGUAUUAAUUACUUGAGAACUUUUUAUGUUAAAUAUUUCAUCACAAAUAAAUAUGUAAAUUAGUAAACUUUCGCCAACGCUUUUCACUUCCACUUAACGGCUACCACUCACAUUUUAACUUAUAUGGAAAAUGAAAAUGUAGUGUAAUGACUAUUAAUGUGAUCUCCA